CAGCUGAACCGUGUGUCAAAACACAGAGGGAAAGCAGCGGCAGCAGCAGACCUGACCUCGUCUCCGGCUUUCUGUUCCUUUAUCACCGACUCUUUGUCUCCACACAGCGCUACUUCAAUCACGUCUGCGUACCAUGACCGAACAAUCAGCUCUACUUCUUCGAAAACAACUGGCAGAGCUCAACAAGAACCCCGUGGAGGGCUUUUCAGCUGGCCUCAUAGACGACGACGACAUAUACAAAUGGGAGGUUGUGAUCAUCGGCCCACAAGACACCCUUUUUGAAGGAGGGUUUUUCAAAGCGUACCUCACCUUCCCUUAUGACUAUCCGCUGCGGCCGCCAAAGAUGAAGUUCAUCACUGAAAUCUGGCACCCAAACGUUGCAAAGAACGGAGACGUUUGCAUCUCGAUUCUGCACGAGCCUGGGGAAGAUAAGUUUGGGUAUGAAAAGCCAGAGGAGCGCUGGCUUCCCAUCCACACGGUAGAGACAAUCAUGAUUAGCGUUAUCUCCAUGCUGGCAGACCCAAACAGCGAUUCGCCAGCGAACGUGGACGCCGCGAAAGAGUGGAGGGAGGACCCAAACGGCGAGUUCAAGAGGAAGGUGGCCCGCUGUGUAAGAAAAAGUCAAGAGAUGGCGUUCGACUAGACAUCAGCUGUAAAUUCCAGGUUUAAGGAAAUGCCUUCAGAGGGAAACUUUCAGCGAAAGGCUUUUGCACCCCUUGUUUUGCCAGUCAAAGGAGUUGGUUGGCUUCAGCCACGUUUCUGUGAACGGUUGUCGUUUUCCGCCAGAUGAGCCAAUUUGAGAAACCCUACCAGCGAAAAUUCACCUGUUUCCUACCUGGAAUUGUAUAUUUAAUUUUAUUUAUUUUGAAGAAAAAAAAUGAUGUAAGAUAUGUCACUACUGUAAAUUACCUUGCUUUUUUAUCUGCUGCUGAACAGUUUCUACUUUAUACCAGGUUUCUUAUGCAAUUUAGUGGUGAAGAUUGUGUAAAAACAAAAAAAAAAAAAACGAAAGCCUGCCAUUAGGUCGUCGCUCCUCCUCUGUGCUUCAUUCUCACCAGAUCCACAUCAGCCCAACCAAUCCCCGUCAGUAGGUGUAUUUAUUUUCAACACUUUUGAUUCGAUCACUGUUGCCUUUUGUUGGCUUCUCCUCCUCCUCCUCACAGUUUCAGGCGAUUUCCCGUUUUCUGUCUCUCUGGAUUGAUGUAAAAAUGGCCUCCUGUUAGCAUUUCCCACCAUGCCAGAGGAGAGUAUCAAACCGUACCUCUCAGACCUGCAUGACCCCCUCAAACAGCUCCGCCGUGUCUUACCUCUAGCUGUAGAUGUACAUGGAAUGGCUUACUCAUGUUGAAAAUGCUAACAGGAGACCCACGCCAACUUCUCAGGAUUAGUUCUAUUUAAUCCCUGAUGUUCAUCAUCCUCUCCCUUUUAACUGAGUCAACAAAGACUUGUUUUGAUUUACUGAAAGUCGAGGAUAACCUCAUGCAGUCUGUGAAGAAGAAGAAGAAAAGAGCGCCUAAGCUGUGAUUAUUCCACAUGUGAACUGGUGUCUGAGCUUAUUUACCUCAAUUCAAACAGAGCUGACCUGAUCCACGGUCCAGCUCUGCAUCUGUCGGGGAAGACGGGGGGAUUUUAGGGGCUCCAUAGGUAGAAUUAGGCUAGUUACUGUUUGUGGUGGCACAUUUGGCUUUGUGUGGGUAAAAGUCACAUUCACUCGUGGGUUAUUAGACUCUUAAGGACUUUGGGUAGAUAAACGAACAACGCUCCUUUAACUUCUAUCGACGUCUUUGGGUUUUAUUUGGUGCAAACUUCGAUAAUAUUUAUCACCUUUGCUUAAUCCGGUUCAGGAUGCUCCAUGGAAACUCGACUGGCCACGUGGAGGAUUAUUGGAAAACGUUUGAGAUUGAAUCUGUUCUUUACCUAAAGGUAUGCUCGUUUGUGUUCGGGUGGAGAACCAUCGACUUCCCUUCACUUUCAUCGAUGGUGUUGCAGAAAUUUAAGCCAUGAUGACAUUUAUCAAGAAUUAUUUUAUACAUGGUCGAUUUGUGACUGGCACUAAAAAAAUAAAAAUAAAAAAAAAACAAAAAAAACCUAGCUAACCAUCUUUUUGGCGCAUGCAAUCAGGUUUGAGGGAGUUGGGUCUGUUUCAGUAGGAAACCAUUGUUAGAACAUUCUGGGUGGAUGUGACGUGUACAGUGAAGUAGAUUUCCGUUGACUUGAUGAUCACAUAACUGCUGUCGACGUUACCUUUUCGAGUCCGAAUUUUCUAACCUACCAUGACCUCCUCCGACCGGUGUUCACUGUAUUUGCACAGAUUCGGUGCGUUUGAAAUGUCAUUAAGCAAUACGCUCUGAAAAUGGUGUGUCCAGGUAAUCCACCCUAACGCCAUGACAUGUUUUGGGGUUGUUUUGUUUUUUUGUUUUUUUGUUUUUUUUGUUUUCCAUUUUGUGUCAAUGCAAUGUAUAUUGGACUUGAUGCUCAAUAAAGUGUGUAAACAGA